GCUAAAUCAGUAGACAUAUUUAGUAGUAUUAAAUGACUGAAUUAUGGUUAAACCAUGAUUUUAACAUAAAAUAUUUUACCAUUUUCUAGUUCAAACUCCUGUUUGGUUUUACAAUAUCGUAGUAAUUAGAUUUGUUGGUUUGAGGUUAAAUAGUUGGAUGAAUCCUUUUAAAACUAAAGAGAUAAACCAAAAAAGAAAAAAGGAAGAGGAUGGUUCAUCACCUGAAGACAGGCCCAUUCUGCCGGCCCGCGAGGCCCAUCGAACCAUCAAAAUUGACCGCCACGUGGGUAAAAUUUUACCAUUAGGCACACCAACCGCCGUCAAAACAGAAAUCGUCAUAUUCACCAUUUCCCGGGGAUCUCCACCGGGAUAUUACUCCACUCUUUUCUCCGGCCGCCGCGGCCUUUCCUCCCCCUUUCAAUCCGAAUCUCUGAUUCCUCAACCUUUCCCACUUCUCUGUUCUCCCUCCGUCUCUUCCUCUAAUUUUCCCCCCUUUCUCGGCCAAUCAAUUAGGGUUAGGAUUUCUUUCCUUCCAUCUUCAAAAUGGCAGAUUGGGAACCAUUGCUGCAAUCCAUCAUCCUCGCCCUCAUCUUCUCCUACCUCGUCGCGAAGCUCAUCUCCAUCGUCGUCUCCUUCAGAGAAGACAACCUCACGAUUACGCGCAACCCCGCUCCAGCUUCAUCCAGCCGGCCCUACCAGCAGCUGAAAUCACGCGAUGGAGCUCAUGGCUCUGGGGAUUUCCCCGGCGGUGGUUUUAACGAGACCGAUUCGAUCGCUGCCGAGCUUGGAAGCGUCAGGAACGAGAGCGUGGCGGGAAUUGGUGACGACUACGACGGCGUGGAUACCGAUGACGACGACGACGACGACGACUGGGAAGGCGUGGAGAGCACCGAGUUGGACGAGACGUUCAGCGCGGCGACGGCGUUUGUUGCGGCGGCUGCCUCGGACCGGCUGUCGCAGAGGGUGUCGACGGAUGUGCAGUUGCAGCUUUAUGGGCUGUAUAAGAUCGCCACUGAAGGGCCUUGCACUGUUCCGCCCCCUUCUGCUCUCAAGAUGACUGCUCGCGCCAAGUGGGGAGCAUGGCAGAAAUUGGGUUCUAUGCCGACAGAAGAGGCCAUGGAAAAAUACAUUGACAUUGUUUCACAGCUUUAUCCUACUUGGUGUUCUGGUUCAUCUGGGAAAACUAGGGUUGGAGAUCGAGAUGGACAUAGUUCUGAUUCCAGAGGACCCAUGGGACCAGUUUUCAGUACCUUCGUUUAUGAGGAGGAAUCUGGGAAUGAGCUAAAAAUGGAUGCUGUCCAUGCAUAUGCCAGAGAAGGAGAUGCAGAUAACUUGUUGAAAUCUAUUAACGAUGACGUUUCUGUCAACUCGAAAGAUAGCGAGGGGCGGACUCCUUUGCACUGGGCUGUGGAUCGCGGUCACCUCAAUAUUGUGGAACUCCUUGCUGGACGAAAUGCUGAUAUAAAUGCAAAAGACAACGAAGGGCAAACUGCACUGCAUUACGCUGCUGUCUGCGAGAGGGAAGGUAUCGCUGAAUUUCUAGUGAAGCAAAAUGCCAAUAUCAAUGUGAAGGAUAACGACGGCAACUCUGCUAGGGAUUUGUGUGAGUCGAACUGGUCUUGUCUCCAGACAGCUGGAGCACAACAGAACGACUAACUAAUGGUAGUUUCAUUCUAGCCAAUCUUCCUUUAUGCAUAUAGAUAGCCUUUGAAACUUUAGCCAUGUUGGGGCAUCGUUGUGUCCGGGAAAACAGAAUGACAGAAAUGUUUGUAAGAAAACAAGAUCAAGACUGGGGUGGUGGUCUGGUGGAGUGAACCGUUCCAUCUUCCUUUCGAUUUUGGUUGUGAACUUUGACUUGUUGAUAUGAAACGAUUUUGUCAUUUGGCACGUUCAGCAGCCAAAUAUAGAAGCGCAAGUUGGGUUGCGACAAUGGAGUUGAUCGUUUCAUUCCGUUUCAUGCUUAUAGAUAGUUGCAGUGCAGGUUCUGUUCAUGUGCCCUGCUCCAGUGUGUUUGUUGGUUGUACAUCUUUGUGGCAUUAGUUUGAAUCGAAACCCAAUAUCACACCGAACCAAAUUUGGGGGUUUAGGACCCAUUUCAAACAGGGUCCAAUUGUCCAAACUUGCAAACCCCUAGAGAGAAAUUAUUCUUUUUUUGGGGGGUUGAAAGACGGAUGUCAAGCAUCCUAAUUCAUAGAAACAAAACGAUUAUGGGUGAAGCCCAUAACAUCACAGGAGAGCCACGAACACAGUUUCGGGUCGCUCACAUCAAUAGAAUGUGCGCCAAAAGUAAACUCAUGCCCUUUACCAGCAAGGUAGUCAGCAGCAAAAUUACUCUCCCUAUACACAUGAGAAAUUUUAACUUCCCAUUCUCUAUCAAUUAACUCUCUAAUAUGGUUGGCGAGGAGGCUGUGUCUACGGUCAUCGUUUCCAGAGUUAAUGAUGCUGAUGGCUGUCAUGGAAACAAGGUUCAGAUGAAUCUUUUUGAAUCCCAUUGACCAAGCCAACUCCAAACCUUCAACUGCACCCUUGAGCUCAACGUUAGUAAUUGAACAGGCACCAAGGUUGCAAACAAAGGCACCUUUACAAUGUCCAAGGUGGUCAUGCAAGAGGCACCAGCGGCAGCUUUGCUUGUGGGGGAGAUGACUGAUCCAUCCGUUUGAAUUUGGAUCCAGCCUUCUUCCGGUGGACGCCACGAGAUCUGUUUGUUUUCUCUAUGCCUCAAAUAUUCAAAUCUCCCAUCCAAACGACCCUUGAGAGUAUACAAGAUGGAAUAAUGGUUGUAGUCUUAUCUAAUGACCCGCAUACAAUCUUCAUAGCUCCACAACGAGCGAAUACAUCUUCACAUGUUUCAUUGUGUACACCCUCGAUAGAAAACCCUACAUAUCUCUAAGUAACGUACAAUCCACCUUAAUCGAGAAUCAUCUACACCCUCUACCAAGCGACCAUGACUCCUCCACAUUGAAAACCUAUGAUCCAACUUGUCGAGACCGGUCUCCACCCCACCACCAUCCAACCCUUACCAUCCCAUACUAAAAAUUCAACAAUUUU